UGUUUUAUUAUUUGCACUUUAAUUUCUAUCGACUUUUGUAUUUUAGUAUGAAAAGGGCUUUUAUUUUGGUCUGGUGUUCUGGCGUCAUACGGCGGCGCCGCGCUUCUGCAUCUGUUGUGAUUCGGCUCAAGAAAGUGCGCUGAACUACAGAGCUGAUUGAGAAGCAACCAGAGAUUUAGUUUGGAUUUAUUUUAUUUUCUGUUAAUUAUUGUCACCCCCAACACACUAUUAUAAAGAUGGCAUUUAUUAAAGAGGAGAGUUUAGACUUCAGGAUUGAAGAAACAUUCACAGUGAAACAAGAAGAUACUGAGGAACAAACAAAGAUGGCAUUCAUUAAAGAGGAGAGUGAAGACAUGAAGAUUGAAGAAACUUUCACAGUGAAACGAGAAGAAACUGAGGAACAAACAGACCUGGCAGCGCUGAAAGAGGAGAGUGAAGUACUGAAUGAAAAGGAAGAGAAAGAUCAGUAUGAGGAACAUAAUGAUUUCACAACUGAAGACAAAUCUUUUAGUUGCUCACAGACUGAAAAGACUUCCUCACGGAAAAGAGCUAAAAAAACACAAACUAACUUAACCUGCCACCAGUGUGGAAGGAGUUUCAAGAAAAAAGGAAGCCUAAAAAACCACAUGAGCGUUCAUAACAGAGAGAAGCCUUACACCUGCCCUCGGUGUGGAAAAGGUUUCACGCAAACAGGAAGCUUUAACAGGCACAUGAGACUUCACAAUGGAGAGAAGCCUUACACCUGCGAAAUGUGUGGGAAGAGUUUCACAACAGAACUAAACCUAAGGUAUCACUGGAACAGUCACACUGGAGAGAAGCCGUAUAAAUGUGAUCAGUGUGGAAAGAGUUUGAGACACAAAGUAACCCUUAAACAGCACAUGAGGCUUCACUCAAGAGAGAACUGUUUUACAUGUCAUCAGUGUGAAACGACUUUUACAGACAGGAAACACCUUGAGAAUCACGUGAUAAGUCACACGGGAGAGAAGCCGUUCAUGUGCUAUCAGUGUGGAAAGGGUUUUACACUUAAAGGAAACCUUCAGACUCACUUGAGAGUUCACACUGGAGAGAAGCCUUUCACCUGCCCUCAGUGUGGAAAGAGCUUCACGCUUAAUGGAAACCUUCAGACUCACAUGAGAGUUCACACCGGAGAGAGGCCUUUCACGUGUCUUCAGUGUGAAGAAACUUUCACGUAUAAAAGAGACCUGAAGCGUCACUGGCAAACACGUUGUGGAAAUACAUCGCAGUGUUCCUCGCCAUUGCAAGAUGCUUAGAAAAAGGUGCAAAUUCAAAGUCAUUUGUGCAUUCAUUCUGGAAGAAGGAAAUUAAAUUUGGAUCAGUGUAAUUAAUAAAUGCUUUUGUCAUCAUACUUAAGCCUGGGACACACCAAACUGACAUCAAAGCCGACUGUGUUGUCGCCUCUCGUUGGCUUGAACACACCGAAAGGACUAAAGGCGAGUGUCAACUAGAGCUGCAAGAUUCUGGAUAAAAUGAGAAUCACAAUUUUUUUUUUUUUUUUUUUUUGGACUUCAAACAGAGAUUGUGAUUCUCCCACGAUUCUGAAUAUAAAACUAAACAAAAUAACAUGUAUUUACUAGAGGUUCUGACAAAAUAUUUAUUGCUGGAAAAAUAAUUAAUUUGAAUGAUUUUUUUUUAUAAAAUGGUUCUGAAUGAAUUUAAUGACUCAAUAAUAAAUACUUGUUUCAUUACUGGA